AACUUCCUGUGUGUCACUUCCUUGUUUAUUUUUUAUAUAUUCCCUGGUCUAAUAGUUGUUAGCUAAAACUAGCUACCGAGCAAAAAUGCCAGGGCGUUGUUCAGCUUUCAACUGUAGGAAUACGUUUAAAAAUGUUAAACAUAAAACAAACAAGGUUACAUUUCACAGCUUUCCAAAGCGUGAUCCUAAACGAAUAAAAGAGUGGGUGGGUCAGAUGAAAUGGAAAGACUGGCAGCCAACCCCUCAUUCCUUACUGUGCUCAGAGCAUUUUGAGGAGAGGUGCAUGGAUAGAACUGGGCAGACAGUGCGUUUACGUGAUGAUGCAAUACCAACUAUCUUUGCCUUUCCUAGUCACCUACAAAAAAAGUUUCAGAAAACAGCCGGAAGGAGGAAAAGAGUAACAUUGUUUCCAGAGGAUCCUGUUCCUGAGGAGUCGACACAACGGGAGAAGUCUCCACCCACCUACUUAAACCACAGUAUAUGGCACCCAAGUCGUUUCCAUGACGACUACUGUGUUCCACAGAGUAUUGACUGGGCUGUAAAAGACAUGCCUAAAGAAAUCCCAUUUGCAACUUUAGAAAAGCAAGGUCUGAUCUUUAUCCCCAAGCACGCAAUCAAGAUCAAGGAGAAAUGGGAUUGGCUGACAAUGGAUGUGAAGGGACCAUUUCCAGAGACCAAAAGUAGACACAAGUUUGUACUAACUGUAAUGGACUACUACUCCAAAUGGAUGGAAGCCUACCCCAUGAAGACCAACAACAGUAAAGAGAUUGCCAAAAUCAUCUCUGACCUCAUCUCUCGCUUUGGCUUCCCUGUUGGAAUCCUGUCUUGUUUGACUCGAGCACACAUUUUAGAGAUCAACUUGGCUUUGGGUGAUCUGAAGAAACUGACAUGCCAACUCAUAUUCUACCGUCCUCUGGGAGUGUCACUGGAUCCAGUAACAAAGUCCCUUGUAGACCGGUUGGUGUCAGAUUUGGUGAAAGAACAUCCUGAUCGUUGGGAUGUUUACCUGGCUGCCAGAGUGUUCAGCUUCUGCUGCAAAGAGCACCCCACCACCAGACAAAUACCGCUGUCUCUGCUGCGCUGCGGAGGGACUCAUUCUGUCUCCACCUCACCAAGAAAGCUGCCUGAUAAUGGGAUAAAAGGAAGGACCUUUGUCAUACUAGAUGCCCAGCCACCUCAAAGGGAAGUCCGUGUGGAGUGCAAUCAGUGCAGUCAAUGGAGCACCGUCAGCCAGGACUCAGAGCUGAAGAGAUAUGAGGAGAUGAAACUUGGGGAUGAGGACUACACCCACACCUGUGUGAGCUGCAGGGUGGCCAUGAGCUGCAGGGUGGCCCUGGAGGUCAUGAGGGGUUAGGAGACAAGGACAUGAAGAACUGGAUGUAAAUGAGAAAGCUACUUCCCACUCUGUUGGGGGACAGUAGACAGAGACAUUUGAUUAUGCUGAACUGGGGGCAGCGGUCUAUGGCCUGUGAUUUGAAAGGGUCAAAGCGGGGAGGGAGGAGCGCCCUUCUCCAUUCCUGCUCGGAACACCUAUACAUAAAAUAUAUGCACACAUGACUAAGUUUCUUAUGGAUUAUUUUAUUUUCUGUAUUUUUAUUUAACUAGGCAAGUCAGUUAAGAACAAAUUCUUAUUUACAAUGAUGGUCUGGGAUUAAAAUAACAAUAUAGGACAAAACACACAUCACGACAAGAGAGAGACACCACUACACUACAUAAAGAGAGACCUAAGACAGCAUGGCAGCAACACAUGACAACACAACAUGGUAGUAACACAACAUGGUAGCAACACAACAUGGCAGCAGCACAAAUCAUGGUACAAACAUGUUAAUGGGAUUUAUCUGUUAAUUGAAUGAUUAGAAUAUUCCGCCCUGAAACAUAUAAUUGUAUGGAAUUGAUUAGAAUGUAUAAAAUUAUAAUCAAUAAAUGUGUAGUUCUAGUCCGAAUUAGGGUAAAACAAUAUAGCUAAUGUUUGUCUUUAUGGAAUUUUUAAGACAGACUGAGAAAAAUUCGUCGCCGACCUGACCAGAGAUUUGGGAGAGAACAGGGAGUACGGCUCAAGGUCUCCCUCAUCUCUGUCGGCUGGGUAGUGAGACAAUGUGUGCGUAGCAGGACAUUGUGUGCGUAUGGUUGUGUGAAUGUGGUCGUGAGAAGUCAGUAUAAAAUGAAUUGAUUUGUAUUCUUGACUUCAGCACGUCCCGUGAAUAAACCUUUUUGACUAUUUUA